AUGGAAAAAGAAAAUCUUACGGAAAUAACAGAGUUUAUUCUUGAAGGAUUGUCAGAGAUUCCUGAAAUUUGUUAUUUACUGUUUGGCUUGUUUUUAUGCAUUUAUCUAAUAACAGUGUUGGGUAAUCUGAUUAUAAUACUAGCAAUCAGAUUUAGCCCGAGUCUUCAAACUCCAAUGUAUUUCUUUCUUUCUAACUUCUCCUUACUAGAUACAUCUUAUAUUUCAGUCACUGUUCCCAAAAUGUUGGCAAAUAUGGUAGCUGAGAAAAAAACCAUCUCGUUCUACAAUUGUGUUAUUCAAUUGUACUGCACUGUGCUUUUUGGGGCAACAGAAUGCUUUAUGCUAACAGCCAUGGCUUAUGACCGGUAUAAUGCAAUAUGUCAACCACUCUUAUAUACCAUCAUAAUGAAUAAAAGACAAUGCAAUCAGCUUUUAUCGGAGUCAUGGAUUCUUGGAAUAGUUAACGCUAUAAUACAAACAACUUUAACAUUUACGUUACCUUUUUGUGGCUCUAAUAAAAUUAAUCAAUUCUUUUGCGAUAUUCCACCUUUACUGAAACUGGCAAGCACUGACACCUGGAUCAAUGAAUUUUUUCUUUUCAGCGUUGGCACCUGUUUGAUUGGCACUUCUGUUAUAUUAAUAACGAUUUCUUACACACAUAUUAUUUUUACUAUUUUAAAUAUCUGCUCCACUUCAGGCAGAAAGAAAACAUUCUCAACCUGUGCCUCCCAUUUCACGGUUGUAUUGGUAUAUUAUGGCUCUAUUUCUUUUAUGUAUUUGAGGCCUAAAUCAAGCUAUAAGAUAGAUCAAGACAGGAGAAUUUCUGUUAUGUACACGGUCGUUGCACCAUUCCUAAACCCUUUUAUAUACAGCCUGAGAAACCAUGAUCUAAAAUUAGCUGUAAGAAAGAUAAUAACAAGAAUAAAGAUAGAUAAAUAA